GGAGCUGGCAGUGAUGGCCUUAGCCGCUCUUCCUCCACAUGUUUUCCCAGAGUAACUGGACUGGUCCUCCGGUCUCCAUCCAAUCUCAGACCUGCUGCUGCCCCCGCCCUGCUCUCCUCUCAGCCCCAGAUGCUGGUUGAGACUAUCCACUCCAGCCUGCUCCUGGAUGGGGAGUCUGUGUAUAGCCUGGUGGCCAAUCCCUUCCUCCUCCUGCUGGCCAGGGUUAUUCUCACCAAGUGCUCCCCCAAGAUGGACAGCCUACAGCUGCUGCCCUGGUGGACCCUGCGCUAUAUCAACCUGCACCAGCAAAUCCUGGAGGCCUGUUCUCCGCAGCUUCUCAUCUUGGCCCAUAACAGCAUGGACAAAGUGCUGAAAUGCCAAUCUCUGUUGUCGGAACACAGUGAACUGGCUAUCCAGUUCCACCUGGAGUGUGUCUACACCAGUCUGACCUACUAUGAGUACCAGCCAGCCAAGGAACACAUCAAGAAAGCCCAGGAGCUCUCAGGGCUGAAUAUCAAUAUGACUGGUGCUCUUGGCAAACGGACCCGUUUCCAGCAGAAAUACUUGGCUCAGCUCAUCCUUGAGGUCAAGAGAAAGCAGGGCCAGCCAGGCCAGAUGGAUGAUGAGACCAGUCCCACCCCUACACCUCAAGCUAGCUUGCCCAAGGACUACAGUCUGUCUGAUGACACCGUGCUGGAUAAGCUCAAUUUAGCGGAGCCAAAUCAGUAUGAGCUGCCUGACCUCAGCGCAGAGGAGCAGGCCGUCAUCCUGGGCAUCUGCACUGACUUCCAGAAGAAUAACCCUGUGCACAAACUGACUGAAGAGGAACUCCUGGCCUUCACAUCUGUAAGUCAUUGCUUAUUGUGA